CUUGGACCCUUGGUUAUUCAAAGGCCAGGAUGGCGGGGCAGCGGUUAUUUGGGCUAUUUCCAGAGCCUCUCUCCCCGGCUGUGACAGCAUCCAGGGCACGCCACCCGCCCCGGCCCCGGCCCGGCUCCCGCGCGGCCCCGCUCUGGGCGCUUCCCCGCGGCCGGCGGUGUGGGAGCGGGGGACGUCAGUGUGAGGGGGCCGGUCCUGGGCAGGGCAGGGCGCCCGCGUCCCGUCCCUCCCCGCCCCUCGCCGCGGCUCCCUCCCUCCGGCUGGGGGCGGCCGGGUCGGCCCUCGCCGGGAUCCCAUUCCUCCUCCCUCGGUGCAUGGUCGCGGCGGGAGCGGAGGAGGGUGAGCCCGGCGGGGCGCGGGCCGGAGGCGGCGGCGAGAGCGGAGCCCCAGCGCGGAGGAGCCGCCUCUGCCCGGCAGCGGUGAGGCAGCGGCACCGCUGAAGUUGUGCGGGGUAUUGCCAGGCAUCUGAAGGGGUUGACUAAGACCUAAGGAUUUGGAACAGUGGUGUAUGAUGUCAAUCAGUGGGCAGUCCUUGUAGCCUCCCCACCAGCCUGCAGUGUCAUGUGCUAGUAUGAAUGUUAAGAAAGAAACGCAUACUUCAGAGCUCAGCAUCCCAGAAAGAAAAAAGGAGGAACUAAACAGAGAGAGCAAAUGAUUGCACUGCUUGCAAGACUUGAGGCUGUUCACUUCUUCUCUUGAGAAGCUUCAUCUUGGCCUUCGUGAGAGAGUUGAGAAAGUAGGCAGAGCAGCCACAGUGAUUGUCUUAGGGUCCUUUUCCUUUUUUAAUUUCAUUUUUUCUCUGGAUUUUAAGUGUGCUGCACUGAUCACAAGCACUGGACAUCAAUAUGUGUCAUGUCAUUGUAACGUGUCGGUCGAUGCUAUGGACUCUCCUGAGUAUCGUGGUGGCUUUUGCAGAGCUCAUUGCCUUCAUGAGUGCAGACUGGCUGAUUGGCAGAGCGAAGCCUUCAGGCUCGGAGGAGGUGGACAACAGAACGGGGGGACAGCAGGAGCCCUACCGUCCCACGCUGGGCAUCUACGGGCGCUGCACCAGGAUCCCCCACAUGCAGUUCUCCAGACGAGACACGCUUUGUGGUCCUUAUGCUGAAAACUUCAGUGAGAUUGCCAGUGGGUUCUGGCAGGCAACCGCUAUUUUCCUAGCCAUGGGAAUCAUGAUUCUCUGCACCGUGGCAUUUGUAUCUGUCUUUACUAUGUGUGUGCAGAGUAUUAUGAAGAAAAGCAUUUUUAAUGUCUGUGGGCUGCUACAAGGGAUUGCAGGGCUCUUCCUUAUCUUAGGCUUGAUACUUUACCCUGCAGGUUGGGGAUGCCAGAAGGCGAUAAGCUAUUGUGGACCUUAUGCUUCUGCUUACAAACUAGGAGACUGCUCCUUGGGCUGGGCUUUCUACACAGCUAUCGGCGGCACUGUUCUGACGUUCAUCUGUGCAGUCUUCUCGGCGCAAGCUGAAAUAGCCACAUCCAGUGACAAAGUGCAAGAAGAAAUAGAAGAAGGAAAAAACCUUAUCUGCCUCCUUUAACUCCAGCGGGGAAAAAUACCAGCACCUGGAUCUUUAUCUGCUUUCCAUUGACUGGGCAAGCAGAUCCAUUUACCUGUUUUUACCAUUUGUGUGAUUGAGCCCCAUGCAUUCCAACCCUGAACUACUGAAAGGGUCUUUCUUCUUUGCUGGGCAAUGAGGAUCAGAGAAAGGAUCCCAAGAAAGCAGAAUGUAAAUACUUGGGGAUAUUUUUAGUUUCAUUCUGUGAUCAGGACACAGUGAUAUUAAUCCGACUGGGGAUGUGAGUAAUCACAUGUAUAUAACAGGAAUGUUGUUAAAACUGAAAAAUUCUGAUUGAUCGGAUUGCCUAACCCACCAUGGUCACUUUGAAGAAUUUGGGUUUAAAAUAAUAAAAGCCAGCACAUUUUUUUUUAAG